AUGGCUUUGUCCGAUGAUCUUCCUCCCGAACUCACGAAAGAUGUCAAGAGAAGAAGCAAAAAAAGAAGAAGCGUGAGAAGUAAAGACGUAGAAGUACUUCUCAGCGUCGCUACAAGAGCCGCUCAUAUCGCAAGAGACAAAGGAUACUACACCGUCUCUCCCGAAGCAAUACGGUGCGUUGAAGUUCUGAGAAUGAUAAGAAGCAUGCCUCUCACUCCUCGUCUCAUCACCAAAACUAAUGCCUUGCGCUCUCUUCAAUUCCUCGCCACCAAUGGUAACCCUAAAAUCAGGUCUGAGUCUAAAUCCCUUCUUUAUCACUUGAACAAGGGUGUUCUUGCAAGUAGAUGA